CUGGUUGGGUGGUGUGUGUCUGAAAGACAUCGUUUUUUGGUCGUUUUAGAUGCGUGGAUCUAAGAGAAGGUUGCAGCUGAUCAGGGAAGUCUGGCAGCAUGGCUGAAGUACUGCUGAGUGAGGCAGAAAAGAUAUUUGUUAUCCAUGGUGUGCAGGAGGACCUGCGGACGGACGGCCGGCGGCGGCACGACUACCGCCCCCUGGAGGCCGAGACGGGCCUGGUGACGCACGCGGCUGGCUCGGCGCGCGUCCGGCUGGCCAACACGGACGUGCUGGUCGGCGUGAAGGCCGAGAUCGGCGCGCCCGACGCCGCCCGGCCCGACUGCGGCCGCCUCGAGUUCUCCGUCGAUUGCUCGGCCAACGCCACGCCCGAGUUCGAGGGUCGCGGCGGCGAGGCGUUGGCCGGCAGCAUCGCCAGCUGUCUGGCCCGAGCCUACUCCAGCCCGGGCGUGCUCGACCUGCGACAGCUGGCCAUCGUACCCGCGCAGCAGUGCUGGAUACUCUACGUCGACAUCCUGAUUCUGGAGUGCGGUGGGAACCUAUACGACGCGGUGUCGUGCACGGUGAAGGCGGCGCUGUUCAACGCGCGUAUCCCGGAGCUGGAGGUGAGCCGGGCAGACAGCGGCCGCGUCGACGUGGAGCUCUCCGACGAUCCGUUCAAGGUCGUCCGGCUUAGCGUCGAGAACGCGCCCUGCCUCAUCACACUGCUGCUGGUGGACACAGAGUGCAUCGUCGACCCGACGCAGGAGGAGGAGGCGUGCAGCAAGGCGUCACUGGUGACGGCCGUCACGGCCACCGGCAGCGUGACAGCCGUCACCAAGGCCGGCCGCGGCAGCCUCCACCCGGCCACCGUCAGCCACGCGCUGAAGAUGGCGUCCGAGCUGGGAGCCGUGCUCAACAAAACGCUGACCGCUCAACUGGAGGCUGAGGAGCGGAUAGAGAACCGGCAGAUCCGAGGAUUCCUCGGCUGACGCCGGAGUCGGCCCAGCCCGCCGCCAAUUGCCGUCAUGUACCUAGCGCUGUGUCCAGUGCUGUCUCGCAACGGAGCGCAUUGUUGUUCGUCGUGGCGCUAGCUUUAUGCAGCAGCCCGCGCCUGGUGGGAGGCCCAUGGGGGGUGUUGACUCGACCAUCGUCCCGCUGUCCGACACGGCGCCUUAUCUGUGGUUGUCGCCGUGACGACCCAGCAUGUCGCACCGUUUGUGAUCGACCCCCGUACGAGUCCUUGCUCAAACUCUGCCCCGCGGCAGGCGCCAACACCACCACCUGUUAAUUGGCUUCAUGUAUUUCGGUGCAAGUAAAUCAUCAAAACAAUA